AUGUGGGGUCCCCCUCCAGUCCUCAGGGGUCCCCUCCAGUCCUCAGGGGGUUCCCUCCAGUCCUCAGGGGUCCCUUCCAGUCCUCAGGGGUCCUCCAGUCCUCAGGGGUCCCCUCCAGUCUCAGUGGUCCCCUCCAGUCAUCACGGGUCCCCUCCAGUUCUCACGGGUCCCCUCCAGUCCUCAGGGGUCACCCUCCAGUCCUCAGGGUCACCCUCCAGUCCUCGGGUCACCCUCCAGUCCUCCAGGUCACCCUCCAGUCCUCAGUGGUCCCCCCUCCAGUCCUCAGGGUCCCCCUCAGUCUCAGGGUCCCCUCCAGUUCUCAGGGGUCACCCUCCAGUUCUAGGGGUCCCUCAGUCCUCAGGGGUCCCCUCCAGUCCUCAGGGUCCCCCUCAGUCCUCAGGGUCACCCUCCAGUCCUCAGGGGUCCCUCCAGUCCUCAGGGGUCACCCUCCAGUCCUCAGGUCACCCUCCAGUCCUCAGCGGUCCCUCAGUCCUCAGGGGUCCCCCUCCAGUUCUGGGGUCCCCUCCAGUCCUCAGGGUCCCCUCCAGUCCUCGGUCCCCUCCAGUCCUCAGUGGUCCCCCUCCAGUCCUCCAGUGGUCCCCUCCAGUCCUCAGGGGUCCCUCCAGUCCUCAGUGGUCCCCCUCCAGUCCUCAGUGGUCCCCUCCAGUCCUCAGUGGUUCCCUCCAGUCCUCAGUGGUCCCCUCCAGUCCUCAGGGGUCCCCUCCAGUCCUCAGGGUCCCCUCCAGUCCUCAGGGGUCCCUCAGUCCUCAGGGGUCCCCUCCCAGUCCUCAGGGUCCCCUCAAUCCUCAGGGUCCCCUCAGUCCCUCAGGGGUCCCCUCCAGUCCUCGGGGUCCCCCUCCAGUCCUCAGGGGUCCCCUCCAGUCCUCAGGGGUCCCCUCCAGUCCUAGGGUCCCUCAGUCCUCCAGGGGUCCCCCUCCAGUCCCUCUGUGGUCCCCUCCAGUCCUCAGGGUCCUCCAGUCCUCAGGGGUCCCUCCAGUCCUCAGGGGUCCCUCCAGUCCUCAGGGGUCCCCUCCAGUCCUCAGUGGUCCCCCUCCAGUCCUCAGUGGUCCCCCUCCAGUCCUCAGUGGUCCCUCCAGUCCUCAGUGGUCCCCCUCCAGUCCUCAGGGGUCCCUCCAGUCUCAGGGGUCCCCUCCAGUCCUCGGUCCCCUCCAGUCCUCAGGGUCCCCUCCAGUCCUCAGGGGUCCCCCUCCAGUCCUCAGGGGUCCCCUCCAGUCCCUCAGGGUCCCCUCCAGUCCUCAGGGUCCCCCUCCAGUCCUCAGUGGUUCCCCUCCAGUCCUAGUGGUCCUCCAGUCCUCAGGGGUCCCUCCAGUCUCAGGGGUCCCCCUCCAGUCCUCAGGGGUCCCCUCCAGUCUAGUGGUCCCCUCCAGUCCUCAGUGGUCCCCUCCAGUUCUCAGUGGUCCCCCUCAGUCCUCAGGGGUCCCCUCAGUCUCAGUGGUCCCCUCAGUCCUCAGGGGUCCCCUCCAGUCCUCAGUGGUCCCCCUCCAGUCCUCCAGGGUUCACCCAGUCCUCAGUGGUCCCUCCAGUCCUCAGUGGUCCCCUCCAGUCCUCCAGAGGUCCCCCUCCAGUCUCAGUGGUCCCCCUCCAGUCCUCAGUGGUCCCCUCCCAGUCCUCAGUGGUCCCCCUCCAGUCCUCAGGGUCCCCUCCAGUCCUCCAGAAUUCCCCUCCAGUCCUCAGUGGUCCCCCUCCAGUCCUCAGUGGUCCUCUCAGUCCUCAGUGGUCCCUCCAGUCCUCAGUGGUCCCUCCAGUCCUCACGCAUCA